GUUCAGGAACUUGGGCAGAACUUGGGAUCUACUGUAAUACUUACUUUGUUCAGUAAUUUAUCUACUGUAAUACUUAUUUUGUUCAGUAAUUUAUCUACUGCAAUAAUUUUACUACUGUAAUUUAUCUACCAACUGCUGCCCUGAGGCACUUCCAAACCGAAAUAAGCACAAAGAAGCACUUUGAAAACCUUCCCACAAAAUACUGCAGAAGAAUUUGAAAUAAAUUCCCAAGUUUUCAAAGUGCCAUUCCCAUUGAGUUCCCUCUCCCAUGGAUCCAGGGCUCUGUACCUUUGCUUGGGAUGAGCUGUUUCCUUGCUUGGCACAACGAUGACGUUGGCACUGUCACCCCAGAGAGAUGCCUUUGACAUUUUGGGAGAGCAAAGAGUGGCUGAGUGACAAAGGAGAGUGGCUGAGUGACACCUCCAGCCCAAAGCAGAGGCAAUGAUCCCUGGGCAGGCUGCCCAAGCUGAGCAUGACGCACUCCAGGAGGCUCUGAGGUGCUGAAUCUUCCUUGAGAAAAGACAAAGGACAGCAGCUGCUGGUCAGUGCUUCAUUAGCUUUCCUUGAGGAUGCCUAGGGUGAAUAUUGAUAAUACCAUUGUCAUUGAUGGUUCACUGAAGGAGAAGCAUUUGUACAGAGCAUCCAGCACCAACAGUGAGAUCAUGCAUCAAAUCAGAGCUAAUUACUGUCUGCAGUUUUGGAACAAGAGCUGCAUGACUCAGAUGAGGAGAGAGAAUUCCUCUCUUGCUGCUUAUCUCUCUCACAGGGAAGCACAGGGAAAGGGCAAUAAAACACAUUAGGUUAAUUCUGUGGAGAAAUUCUUUUGUCAUAAGCAUUCAGUUCAGCAAAGAGAAGUGUGGAGAAAAAGGAUUUGUAGUACAGAUAUUUGUUCAAUAGUCAAGGCAAGUCAAAUGCCAGCCCUCUCUGUGCACAGAAGAGAAGUUUAGGCUGGCAGGACCUCUGCAGGUCCUUCCCCACCUGCCCAACACCCACCUGUGCACUCAGGUGAGAGCAUUUGAACACACACAGGGAUGCCAAAGGCAUUAUCAAGCUUAAUUUUGAAAUUCUGUCCCAUUCCAUCCUUGGAUCUAUUCAAACCUGACUAGCCACACUCCUGGACCAGCUGUCCUGGCUGACCCUGCUUGGAGCAGGGGAAUUGGAGUAUGAGAUUCCCAGAUUUCCAACUUCAACCUCCUUCAGAGCCCACUGUGUUUAGCCCACCCAUGGGGGGCUUGCUCCCCUGAGUUACACCUGCAGCAGAAAUACUUCUGUUCUGUAUGACUGAUGCAGCCAAUUUGAAAUUAGUCUUAGGAGUCACAGGAUGUAAAAUAUAAAAAUUAAUCUUCAACAGGAAAUGUGAAUAAAGGAAAAAGAUGAAAAGCAGGGAAGUUCACAUCUUUUGCAACUUAAACUUAUCACAAAAUUCAGCAUAAGGAAACAACUUUAGUAACACUAGUUGGAUUUCAUAGUAUUUUGAAGAGCAUCUGAAGACAAAAGCAUUUGAGUAGAGAGGCAGAAAAGUAACACACCAUAAUUUGUUGCAAAGAGGCAUUAUCUUCUCACCAUUAAAAGGAAAGAAUAUUGCCAUGAAAUUACCUUGUUUUUGUUAUUUUCAAGGCUCUAUACAGUUGGAUAAGACACUGCAUAGAGAAUGGAGGGGAGAGACCAGUCCAGUCAGUCCUUGCUCUAUGAUAUGAUAAAUCAAAUUUUAAGUAAAGGAAACAAAAUAGGCUAGAUGGAAGGAAAGAAGGACUAAAGUGAUGAGAUGACAUAAGGCAACUCCUGUGGCAGCAUUAGGCAAAAGCAAUGGGCAAACAGGGGAAAAACCUUGCUAACACACUCAGAAUUAAGUAGUUAGUUCCAACUGAAAGAGAAGAUAAGUGAAAUGGAAAAUGGUCUUCCAGUCUACAGAGGGACCUGUGUUUAACAUCAACCCAAGUAGUUUAUAUGUACCAAGAAGUCUCCAGAUGGAAGCUGCACUUUCUCUGCCAAGACAAUUCUCUAGGGCACCAUUGGAUGAGGUCUUCCCAAAUAAAUAGGUGUGAAAUUUUGCAAGGGGGAGCAAAACAAAUUUAAAAAUUGAAUUCUCCUAGUAUUACCUAUGUAAGUUAACAAGCUUUUUCAACUCCCUCUCUUUUUUACUUUUUUUUCUGGCACAACAAAUACAACACAACACAUUCAUCCAUCUCACAAAAGAGAGAGGAAAAUAAAAAAGUGCAUUUCAUAUCAGAUGCUUUGCGUCAGGACUGCUGAGGCUCAUAAAUCAGCUGUCUAUUGCCCUGGUCAUUUCAACCAACGUCUGACCCUUUGUUAACUCAUGAUUUAUAACUCAAAGUUACUUUUUUUUAAAUGCCAGAUUUAUAAACUUUACUGUGCUUGGUUUGAUAUAAUAUCCAUUUUGUACACCAAGCUAUAAGACAGUAAAUUUAUUGUCUAUGAACUGUUACCUUGAAAAAUUACAUCAAUGCAAAGUGGUUUCCAUUUAGAAUCAAUGGGCAAUAAAUUCAUUGGAUUUUUUUCUGAAGGGGGGAGAGAACAUGAUGGUGUUUAUGAGGUCAUGAGUGGCUAUAUAAUGGGAGAAACUGGGAGCUGAGGCUACAGUUAGCCAGGAGUUCUGAGUUCCAGGGUUAGACACAACAGAACAUCCAACACAGCAAAGAUGCAUAAACUGAUACUCUGCUGUCUCAUUAUCAUCUGCUUCUCCUGUCCUCUCUUGUCUCUCCCCAUCAUCAAUGCCAGUGAGAUGUCUUACCAACACUCAGCUGAUGAAGACUCGAGGUCAAACCUGGAGAGGUUGGGCAGCUCCUCCCUGCUCCAGCUCCUGCCAGAGCUCCUGGGGACCCUGAGUGAGGACAGCAAAGCAGGUCUUACCCCCAGCAACUACAACCCAGGGGAAAAUAUCAAAGAGAAUUUCUACAGGAACCAUCCUCAAAAUGCUUUCCUGGGCCGCCUCCUGACCAAGGACAGGAAACAGUACAAGAAACGUGGGAAUCUUUCUGAGUGCUUCUGGAAAUAUUGUGUGUAAACAGGGAACUCCCUGACUGGCUGCAUAAUUUAUACAGAUGGCUGAAAACAUGUAUAUAGAUGAGCUUGAUUCAAAAUGGGAAUGAAGAACCAUGAAGGCAGCACCUAACUUUAGACUCUCUGCUACCUGGAAAUGAAUAAAUUCUUGAUGUUUUGCAAUUAUGUUGUGAGCAAUGUAGUAAUUUUUUUAGAGCUCAGCACAGCAGGAAGGAAGUAAUGGGAGGAAGAGAGAAAUACACAACACAAAGAGAACUUGGGCAGGGGAAGCAAAAUUCCCACGGGGUUCUGUGAAAACUCCCAGAAGAGUUCAACUGUGUCCAAGUCCAGAGGCAAAGGGACUUUCUCCUUUGUCACUCAUGUAGAUUGAGGUGCCAGGAAGAAGAGUCAUUGCUGCAUUCCCUGAAGAUGUUGAGCAGGUAAGGGAUGGCAGCUUAACAAUGCCCAGUCCCCUC